GUGGAGUCGGCCUGGACAUGGCUCCCUAAGAACUUAUUGGAUAUGAUUGUGGACAAGUUAGAUUCGCUUUCGGACUAUGUUCGCUUUGGUGCUGUCUGUAAACCAUGGCAAUUUGUGGCAUUGGAGAACAAAGUUAAAUUUCUCGAAAGAAAAUGUUAUGCACAAGUUCCAUUGUUGAUGGUCCCAACAAAAGAUAAUAGUGAAGAAUUUCGCAUUCUAUACAACAUCACUCGUGAUAAAAUAUAUGAUUUUCAAUUAUGGGUACCUUACAAGAAGAGGUGUUCCGGUUCUUCAUAUGGUUGGUUGUUCACUGUUGAAGAAAACAUGGGUGUAACUCUAUUAAACCCCUUCUCUGGUUCUACCAUUGAGCUUCCUUCCAUCAUGUACGUCUCAAAAUUCGAGUAUCAUGAAAGUGACUUAGAAGAUAUUGAGGUCGAUAUCGAAUACGAAUAUACCCCAUUUGAUGAACCUGUUUUAAUUGAGUACCAAGUUCAUAAGGCUAUAUUGUCGGCUGACCCUGCUUUGUCUCCGAAUGACUGCAUAGUUACCGCCAUCUAUAGUGAUCGCCACCAAUUGGCAUUCAUUCGACCUAGUGACAAAGAUUGGACUUAUGUAGAAGAUGAGAGAUUUAACGUAAUCUUUGAUGUCAUAUAUUAUAAAGGCAAGGUUUUUGCAGUUGAUUAUUGGGGUGGAGUCUUAAUGAUUGAUGUUAAUAGCAGGGGCAGGGCAAGUGAGGCUCCCCAAGUUAAAGUAAUUGUACCAAGGAUUGAAGUGUAUGCUCACCGGAUAUGUCUCGUGGAAUCAUCUAGUGGAGAUUUGUAUAAUGUGCAACGGUUUCAUUCAGAAAUAGGAUAUGAUUUACAGCACGAAACUUCGAACUUCAAGGUUUUCAAGCUGCUGCUACAGCCAAACGAGAAUGGUAUGCCUGAGCGGAUUGAAGUGAAGAGCUUGGGCGGAGAUGCAAUGUUUUUGGGAGACAGCCAUUCCACUUGUAUUUCAACUUCGAAGUUCCCUGGAUGCCAGCCAAAUUCCAUAUACUACAUCGAUGAUUUUUUUAACUUCAUAGUUUACCCACCGUAUGGGUACCGUGACAAUGGUAUCUUCAACGUAGAGAAUGGAAACUUUGGCACACAUUACAUUCUUGAUCCUUCACAUAUGGAUAUGCUGCCUCCAAUUUGGAUCCUCCCAACUGUGGUUGGAAAUUGAGUAUAGAGUCGAGACUUAAUUUCUUUUGAUUGCGUUUUGGUGAUUUAUUUAGAAUCAACAUUUCACCAAAAAAAAAAUGUAUUUUAAUUUUAUUGCUUUUGUUGGCUUGAUUAGAAUUAACAUUUCACAAUAUUGUGGUUGUUUAUCAUAAGUUGACUAUUUUGUGUUUGGUUCAA